AUAAAGAGAACGAGUGCGUGUCGCACUGCUGGAUGUAGGAUCAAUAUGGCUGCUCGCACCAGCGCCGUGGCUUUUUGCAGGGGAGCCGAACUCUUCAGCAGGAUCCGUGGAUCCAGUCACAUCAGAACCGGACCUGCCAGGUGCCUGUCUUCCGCAUCUGCAGGCACGUGGCGCUCGCAGCUGUCCCGCCUGCCCCACCAGGAUCUGUACGAGCUCUCGAUGAGAGAUCCGGAUCGGUUCUGGGGAUCCGCCGCCGCUGACAGACUUCGCUGGGUGAAGCUGUUCGAGCGGGUCCGAGACUGCGAGCUGAGCAGCGGGACGAUCCGCUGGUUCUUGGGAGGGAAGCUUAACGUGUCGGUGAACUGCCUGGACGUCCAUGUCGAGACCCAUCCGGACCGAACGGCUCUGAUCUGGGAGCGAGACGAACCCGGCACUGAGGUGAAGGUCACCUACAGGGAGCUACUGGAGAUCACCUGCCGCCUGGCCAACACCCUGAGGAGCUAUGGGAUCUACAAGGGGGACCGCGUGGCCAUCUACAUGCCGGUGUCGCCGCUGGCCGUGGCAGCCAUGCUGGCGUGUGCCCGUAUCGGAGCGGUGCACACCGUGGUCUUCGCUGGCUUCAGCUCGGAGGCUCUGGCAGGACGGAUUCAGGACGCCCAGUGUAAAGCUGUUAUCACCUGUAACGAGGGCGUGAGGGGAGGUCGACCCGUCCAGCUCAAGUCCACGGUGGACGCUGCCGUGAGGAGCUGCCCGUCGGUCCGCUGUGUCUUUGUGUCUCAGAGGACGGAGACGUCCACGGUGAUGGGGGAGCUGGACGUGCCCCUGGAGGAGGUCAUGGCCUGUCAGUCUCCUGUUUGUGCUGCGGAGCCCAUGGACAGUGAGGACCUGCUGUUUCUGCUCUACACAUCAGGAAGCACAGGGAAGCCCAAAGGCGUGGUCCACACCCAGGCUGGGUACCUGCUGUACGCGGCGCUCACACACCAGCUCGUGUUCGAUUACCAGGACGGAGACGUGUUUGGCUGCGUGGCCGAUGUGGGCUGGAUAACGGGCCACAGCUACGUGGUGUACGGGCCGCUGUGCAACGGCGCCACCACCGUCCUGUUCGAGAGCACGCCGGUUUACCCAAACCCAGGCAGGUACUGGGAGACGGUCCAGCGCCUGCGCAUCACCCAGUUCUACGGCGCCCCGACUGCUUUCCGCCUGCUGCUGAAAUACGACGAGAGCUGGGUGAAGAGAUACGACCGCUCGUCUCUGAGGACCCUGGGAUCAGUGGGAGAACCCAUCAACCACGAGGCCUGGCACUGGUUCCACAGCGUGGUUGGAGACGGGCGCUGUCCGUUGGUGGACACCUGGUGGCAGACAGAGACCGGAGGAAUCUGCAUCGCCCCUCGACCUGCAGACGCAGACGCUCCCAUCCUCCCGGCCAUGGCCAUGAGGCCUUUCUUCGGCAUCCAGCCGGUUCUCAUGGGAGAGAAGGGUGAGUGUCUGUCCGGUACGUCUGUGAGUGGAGCUCUGUGUAUCAGCCAGCCGUGGCCCGGGAUGGCUCGCAGCAUUUAUGGAGACCACCAGAGAUUCAUUGAUGCCUAUUUUAAACCGUAUCCAGGUCAUUAUUUCACUGGAGACGGAGCAUUUCGCACAGAGGAGGGUUAUUACCAGAUCACCGGUCGGAUGGACGACGUCAUCAACGUCAGCGGCCAUCGUCUGGGGACAGCAGAGAUAGAGGAUGCGCUGGAUGAACAUCCGGAUGUUCCAGAAACAGCUGUGGUCGGAAUCCCACAUGACAUAAAAGGAGAAGUGCCGUUCGCCUUCGUGGUUUUAAAGGAGGAAGUUGCUGAUGCUUCUCACGCCAUCCUGCAGCAGCUCAAAGGCCUCGUUGCCACCAAAAUCGCCAAAUACGCUGUCCCAGAUGACUUCCUGGUCACAAUGCUUCCAGGUGGUGAAGCGGUUACCGAAGACUCGCUCAGGCAAGAUCAUGAGGCGCAUCCUGAGGAAAAUCGCCAUGGAGAUGACCGGAGACCUCGGUGAUGUGUCCACUCUAGACGAUCCGUCUGUCGUCAAGGAGAUUGUUGAGACCCAGCAGCAGAACAAGAAGCAGAGGAAACCAGAGGGGAGGGAGAACUAGGAAGGAGGGGACAACAGCCCCGACACAUCCACAGCUUGAAUAACUGAUGAAGUCACACAUUUUAAUUUGAAAUGUUCUGUAGAUUCAUUUCAGUUCUUUAACUUAGUUUAUUUUUUUAGACACCCUGGCAUCGCUGCAAACAAAUGUUUGUUUCUGGUGGGAACAGCUGGAACAGUCUCUGUGCUCACACAGCCUCCAGCCGUAAAUGUCCUGCACAUGUCCCACACCCAGAGUUCCUUGAACAGCUUUUUAGCCUUCAGCUUGGAGCGGAAAUCUGACUUUUCUCCCUGAGCUUUAAUUCUCUUUAAUUUUAUAACUAUAAGGUUUUUAAUUAUUUUUACAUUUGUACAUGUGAUAGAAUAAUUAAACAUUUACUAAUGAACAGUUUUAAAUGUUUUAGGAUAUAUUUACUGAUCAAAAUAAAACUAUAAAGUAUUGUUUUCUCAUUAAUUAACAUGUAUGUAACAAAUGAUGGCAAAUAUAUGAGAUUUUUUGCAUUUUUCAAAAUAUGUAUUAGUGUUGUCUAUUACGUUCAAUAAAUGUUUUUAAUAAUGUUGUCUACAGCAA